ACUAAUGAUAGUUUUUCCUGCUCUGUUGUGUGUGGUGUUAUGUGUGUGAUCGUGUUAAGGAGGUUAAUGAGGAGGAUUGUGCUAGGAAGGGUGGUUCAGUCUUUCCUAGAUCGUGGUGUAACUGUAUUUUUUUUUUUUCUGUCAAGAAGUUACUAAAUUCGGCCAUAUUCAGACUAGAGGCGGUUCUAGGUGAAUUUGUGACUGUUUUAAGGGUUAAUUGUCUUUAACUAAGAUCUUUGGAGGCUCUUUCUUCAGUAUUUUCAGCUUUUGGAAUAAUUUGUCUGUUUUCAGCCAAAACCACGACAUUUUGGCAGGAGACAUUUACUAUUUACACUCUUUUCUGAUUCUGAAAGGUUUUUCACCUGCCUCAGUAGCUUUAUGUUGGGCCAUUAUCAUAAAUGUCAGCGGCCUGAUCCGAAGAGGAUGAAACGGUUCAUGUACGCCACUCUUGUCCUCACAAUGCUCUCGCUUUGCGUCCCGUUCUUGAUUUACAGAUAUGACAAGACCUUCCAGCUCUGGGCCGACUACCUAAAAAUCCGUAUUGCACCCAGGAGAUGUAUUCCAGGUAAAACAGUUCUACAGGGACAAUCUGCAUCUCUGGUGACAGUCAAUGGGACAAAUACACUGCUGGUAUCAGCAUAUCUGGAACACCGCACCAAAAAUAAGGAAGUUCGUGUUAUUGCAAUUGUGCUCCGGAGUGAGAAAAUAUCCUAUCUCUGCCACCUGCGUUGUCAAGAGCAGCUGCACUUCUCUAAUGGUUGGAGCUACAACCACAGAGAUCACUUUCACUUUCCGUACGGGACAGCCGACAUCAUGUGUCCCCUCCCUUCAGAGUGUAAGACACCAUCUCAUGUUGCUGUCACCUCUGCUGCAACCAAAUCUGAAGAUGUACUUGGCCAUGAGUUUCUGGAGGUGAAAAAUCUAAAUGCAAAGAACAACUCUUAUCCUUACAACUUCACUGUUUGUCUGUCCACCAUGUUUGACUUCACCAACGUGCUGCAGCUGGUGCAGAGUUUCGAAAUGUUUCAGAUACUGGGAGUGAACAGAGUUGUCGUCUAUAAGACCAACUGCAGCGUUGAAACACAGCGCGUACUGGACUACUACACAAAAAAAGGUUUCAUCGAGGUGAUCCCGUGGUCUCUGUCCAGUUUUCUGAACGUAUCUCGUGGCUGGUUACCCAAACAUGGUCCUGGUGAGCUCCACUACUUGGGUCAAAUUCCUGCUCUCAAUGACUGCCUUUACAGAUACAUGUACAAAACCAGAUAUGUGGCCCUGCAUGAUAUUGACGAACUCAUCCUGCCACUGUCAGUUAACAGCUGGUUGGAGUUGUUCCCACUGCUGACGAAGAAAAUUGGUGCUGACAAGUGUUACAAGUUUGAGAGUAAUGUGUUCCCCAACAAUGUCAUGCUGCCUCCUCCAAAACCUCACACGGCACCCCCACAGGGGCUCUGGGCCAAUGUAUCUGGGGUGAACAUCCUGGAUCACCUGUACCAAGAGCCUGUCAUGAGACAGGCCAAAACUAAUUGGGUCGACUUUAAGAUCAUCACCAACCCCCGACUCGUGUUCUCCCUGACUGUACAUGGAGUGUUGCCCCCAGACAAAAUCUGCAAGUGGGUUGACAGGAAAAUAGCGCGGAUGUAUCACACAAGACCCAAACAACAACCCGACCUGAAACCAGAGCAGCUGAUUUAUGACAGUAGACUGCUGAAUUAUAGCACCCGCCUCAUACCAACUGUCAGUACUGUGCUGACAGAGAAUGGACUUUUACCUCCAGGAAGAUUAUGCUAGAUUCAAUGUGUGCAUGCUUUCUACUGUUUCUGUCCAUCAUUCUUCACCAAAAACAUGAUAAAAAUGAGUACAAAAGGUGUAUCUAAAGAUAAGGAGAUACUCAUUCUAUGUCACGACACAAGAACUAGUCAGCUAAAUUAUACAUUUUUACUGAUAUGUGCAGUAAAUUGGCUCUUCAUGGAGCUUAGAAACAUAAUUUGUUGUGAUAAGAGUUGAAUUUGAUUUGAGAGAAGAGGGAAAAAAGGGAACUGCAAAUGUACGUUUGCUUUGCAUCAGGCAAAUGUCUUUCCCUCCAUCUUUGCAUUUUCUGCAUUAACUUUGUAUGGCUCUGGAUUCACAGCAUUGGAGGUGGAGUUUAUUCCAGUUAUCACCAGAUGAGCAUGAAAUUUGACACUGUGCUAAUACCGAUGCAGACAUCUAUGGAUGUUCCCGCUCAAGUUUAUGAACCAUUAUGAAACAUAAUUGAACCCAGAACGCAUGUUUAUGUACCACAGUUAAAACCCCCACCAUCAUAAUGUUUCUGUGUGAAAGUCACGGGAAAAAUAAAUAAAUAAAUGGAUUUGAUGAGAUCAGUUUCUUUACAUACAAGACUACAUUCAGAUUACAACCUUAAAAUGAUUCUGGGUAUACCUAAUCAGAAAUAAAUCUUUCUUAUGGACCAUUUAUAUUAUGUUUGCAAGUGGUCAUGUGUGUCGUUACUGAUGUUCCUUACUCCACAUGGUUGCUAUGGUACCCUGUGCACAUGGGUCAGAUGUAAACAAGCGGGUGGUGGCAGGGGAAGAACUGGUUUUAUUACUGUUGAGAUGGAGGGGGCUACUGUGUACUGUUUUAUUUCAGCAUCUGACCGCAGACAGUUAUUUUUGUUAUAAACCCCCUUAAGCUCCAGCCUCUUGUUAAGGCCUCUGCUCAAAGAUGACAUACCCAAAAUAAGUAUAUGUCUGCAACUUCUUGGUCUAUUUGAAUAGUUUUUGUGUCAAUAUAAAGGAAACACUUGUAGAAUGUGUUCAGAUGUGUAAGUAUUACAUAACUGGAAUAAAUACAGAUGGAACACAACAAAUGUGAAAGAUUUAAUUUAUACCAAAUAAA